AUGCUGCAGUUGAAUGAUGAGGAUUUUCAAGAACUCCUCGCAGUAAAGGCUUCAGCAGGAAGCUCAACUUUUGCUAAUACUGCGCCAGCCUCGUGCGAAAAACUACACCAAUUAGCCUUACUUCAAGAACAGAAAACUAAAACUAUAUGGAGCAAGUUGGUUGAGUUUGUGAAAAUUGGGUUUUUGGGCUAUUCCAAUGAGUUGGAGGAAUAUAUAUUAGAGAAUGAAGCUAAUGAUUGUUCUUUAGUUGCAAAAUAUUCAUCCACAACAAGUAUUGAUUUAUCGAACCAACCAACUUUGUCGAUAGAUGAAAUAACGCUUCAAACAUUGAAAAUACCUCAUCCGCUUACCAAUUUCACCAAGAACGAUGCUAACCAAGAAAUGUCUUUUCAGGAUAAAGAGAAAAUCUCUAAAGAAUUGAGUGAAAGCCCUAUCCUAGUUUUCAUUCAUGGAAUGGGUGGCCAAAUGUCACAAUUUGAACCAUUGAUGGGGUUGUUAUCACAAUGUUCUGAAGUUAUAGCAUUAGAUUUGCCUGGCUUUGGUAAUUCCAAAAUACAGUUUUAUAACAAUCGUAAGUUUUUAUCGCCAAUAACUCUUCAAGACCAAAGAAAGAUUUCGGCAAGCAUUGAGAAAAUGACAUGGCACGAUUUUGAAACUGACAACAUUGUUAAUAUCGUGUACGAAUUUAUAUCGCAACAAGUUUCCGAGAACAAGAAACUUGUCCUUAUUGGCCACUCAAUGGGUACUCAUAUAUCGAUUAAACUAGCGAAAAAACUUGCGCGAGGAAAAGUUGAAGGCAUGAUUCUUUUAUCACCACCUGAGAUAGAAGAGACACAAGAGUUGGUCCCCGCUGUUCAUAAAACAAGUAGUGCAUUCAAAUUAUUUACGUAUGCGCCGUUUUUGUUUGAUUAUUUUCGAGUCUGGGACAGAUUAUCUGGCUUAAACAGCACCAGUGUAACUCGACAGUUGUCAAAGACAAAUAAUGCUUUUUAUAACAGUCUAAGGCAAUUCCGCUGGAACUUGGAUGUGAACUCAUCUAUGUUAUUGAAAUACGCAAAGGGAUUUCGGAGAGCAACAACAUCUGAUUUAUUAGUAGCGGUUGAACGGUUCAACGAUAAUCCUUGUGAUAAACAUACAUAUGAGAAAACACUAUUCAUUGGCGGAUCAAAUGAUCAGUUAACUGGGGUGAAAGCAAUAUACAAGGGAGAUAAGUUUUUAGCUGACACUUUUGGCCGAAAAGUGUCAUCAUCAGUUGAAGUCAAGGAUGUGGGACAUUCUUUACUCUUGGUCAAGCCGGAAUAUAUAAGUGGUAUAAUUUUGAACCACAUUGAACUGAAGUUCCCAGAACGGUUGCACUUAAGUCCUGCCUGGGUGUUAAAAGUCAAGGCUUUGAUAUCAGGAGACAAAUGGGGUUUAAAAAAUGAAUUGAAAUGGCUGGAUUUGCAGCCGAUUUCCUUCAAUAUAACGAGACGCAACGGUAGUGACAUUGCGCCAAUGUUGGGGAUGAAGACACUAAGAGAAGGUGACAACAAUCAUAGCCCAGCAAAUGUAGAACUCAUGUUCUAUAAUUCUGACCAAGUAAAUAGCAUAAAGGGAGUAAAAGGGAAACUCAUUGCCAUUAUAGACAUUUCGGCUGAUAUCCCACCUUACAGUCCAAAAUCGUUCAAGAUUAUUCAAUACUAUAAAUGUGCUACAGUAUCCAAAGUAGUGCCCGACCAAAGCUCAAUCAGAAGAUUUAUACAACUAGUUAAUGAUAUUUUACUGAACAGUGAUGUUGAGGAUGCGCUUAUCGGCGUUCAUUGUCAUUAUGGCUUCAAUCGAACUGGGUUUUUGAUUUGUUGUUAUUUGGUGGAAGUACUUGGAUGGACUGUUCAAGAAGCGGUCGAGGGUUUCAAGCAAGCGAAACCCCCUGGCAUCAAGCAUCCGCAUUUCAUAGACGCAUUGUACGUUAAAUACGAUAAAUAG